AUGUCAUUUAGUAGAGAAGAAGAUAAAAAAUUGAAGUUUAAAACUUCAAAAAAAUUGAAGAUUUCACCAACUUUUGAAUCUAUGAAUUUAAAAGAUGAUCUUCUUCGAGGUAUUUAUGGCUAUGGGUUCGAAGCUCCUUCUGCUAUUCAGUCAAGAGCGAUUACACAAAUCAUUUCAGGUACAGAUGUGAUUGCUCAAGCACAAUCAGGUACUGGUAAAACUGCUACUUUCACUAUAGGUAUGUUGCAAGCGAUUGAUUUGAAACGUAAAGAUCUCCAAGCUUUGGUUUUAUCUCCUACUAGAGAAUUGGCAUCACAGAUUAAUCAAGUCGUCUCUAAUUUAGGUGAUUAUAUGAAUGUUCAAUCUUACGCAAUGACUGGUGGUAAAACUAUGAAGGAUGAUUUAAAUAGAAUGCAAAAAAAUGGGUGUCAAGUUGUCAGUGGUACCCCUGGUAGGGUCCUAGAUAUGUUCAAAAGACAUUUAUUGAAUACGAGAAAUGUUCAAAUGCUGAUCUUAGAUGAAGCUGAUGAAUUAUUAGGUGAAAGUUUAGGUUUUAAACAGCAAAUAUACGAUAUAUUCACCAAAUUACCUGCUGCUUGUCAAGUUGUUGUUGUCAGUGCUACAAUGAGCAAAGAUAUUUUAGAAGUUACUAAGAAAUUUAUGAGUGAUCCCGUAAAGAUUUUGGUUAAAAGAGAUGAAAUAUCUUUGGAAGGUAUUAAACAAUAUUAUGUGAAUGUUGAAAAAGAGGAUUGGAAAUUUGACACAUUAUGUGAUCUAUAUGAUUCAUUGACAAUCACUCAAUGUGUCAUCUUUUGUAAUACUAAAAAAAAAGUUGAUUGGUUAUCUGCAAAAUUGACACAAUCCAAUUUUGCAGUUGUAUCAAUGCAUGGUGAUAUGAAACAAGAAGAUAGAAAUAAAGUCAUGAGUGACUUCCGUUCAGGCCAUUCAAGAGUUCUAAUAUCAACAGAUGUAUGGGCUCGUGGUAUUGAUGUCCAACAAGUUUCUUUAGUUAUAAAUUACGAUAUACCAGAAAUUAUGGAAAAUUAUAUUCAUCGUAUUGGUAGAAGUGGUAGAUUCGGUAGAAAAGGUGUUGCAAUUAAUUUUAUAACAAGUUCAGAUUUAUCUAAAAUGAAAGAAAUUGAAAAAUAUUAUCGUAUUAAAAUAUCGCCAGUUCCAGCUGACUUAUCAACAAUAUCCUGA